UUACAAUGUUGUCAAUAGGCGUACGGUUUUACAUACGGACUUAAAUCUGGCUCCCUUUACGAAGACUUCAAUACUUACUUCCUUUUGAUUGACUGAAAUAAAUUAUCUCCCUUAAUACAAGUAUUUUUACUUUAUAGUUUUAAACAUUUUUUCAGGACUUAAAUCUUCUUGACGAGCCAAGCAAUACUGAUGCGGAAAACAUGACGACAAAGAUGGAUAAAGAUGCAACGAGUAGUCAGAAGAGUUCGGUAAUUUUUAAUGCAUGCAUUACUUAUUUCAUAUAAUACCCAUGCUGGAGAUGCAUGUUAUAAAUAAAUCUAAAUAUAUAUCGCUUUCAGCACCUCCUUAUAAAGCUCCUUUGAAAAUUCGAGAAAAUGCUCCCUCAAGAAAUUUUCUUAUUGUUAAAGCCCUAAGCGUAAUAUUUAGUAUGUUUAAUGUCAAUACAUAUAGUCAUAAAAGUAUUGAGCCAAAUGUAUUUGUGAAUUUACAAGAUGGUUUUCUGCAAUUUUGGUGAUAUUGGUGUGAAAGAGGUGGAAUGUAAUUCAGAAAGCAAAGUUUGGUCCAAAAAUUAUUAUGAACACGAUUCUCAACUAAGUUUUUUUCCUAAUCUGGCUGCUUAUAUUUUAAUAAAUACCGGGAACUUCUGAGGAACUUUUGACUGUACAUAGUUUUUAUUUUCAUGAACUGAUCGAGCAGAGCCAUUCAUGCUCACUCGUUACUGACUUACGUUUUAAGCCGGUUUUCCACUUCGCCCGUAUCGUACCGAAACGUACUGGUGAGCAUGCGCAGAUUGCAAAGAGGUUUAUAAAUACACGUACUUCCGGGUGUAUUCGCGUAUCAAAAUAAAAAGUUUGUCGCAAGUCAACUUUGUGGCGUACUACGGAAGUACCAACCAAUCAACCUUCCCUUUUUGAUACGUUUCGAUACGGUACGCUUGAAGUGGAAAACCGGCUUUAUACUUAAAACAAUUGAUUCAUAUUUUUGUUCAGUUUUCUUUAUCUAGUCUCACAGAGAACGUAAGUAGUAAUAUAUCAACCUUCAUGACGAUGUUUAUCUCGUUCUCUAAUGGUUGGAAAAUGACGUUAGUUGUUUUGGCUGGUCUCCCAAUUAUAUCAUACGCGAAGUCAGUGCAGAAUGACGAUACAGAAGAGACUGAGGAGGACGACAGUAAUGGGGUGAGCUAUAGUAAUGAGAAUGAGAGUAAGAGUUAAGAUUGAUUACACAAGGGUGGUUGUUCAAUCAGUCACAAGAACCUCAUGCAUAAUUACUUGCUUGACAGUUAAGGACUCAGGAUUUUUUGGUAAGCGAAGAAAAUUGGAAAUCCCGGAGAUGAAUUCUUCGAAGCACAGGAGAGAAUCAACCAAACUCUAGUCACAAAUGAGUUUUGAAACGCAGGGAAGUUGCUCAUCCUGAGUAAAUCCCUAGACCCUACGAUCGACUAAGCUCAUUCUCGCUACUUCACCGGCUCUUACAAGCUUAAUAACAGUUUUUUUCAAAUCAAGGAAAUCAUUUGGAAUCAUUAUUUAUUUCUUCAGAUAAUUUCAAAAGUUUGGAAAAAACUUCGUGGUGUAACAUCAUCUGCUUCUGGCAAGAUUAAUAUUCCUGCGAACGAUCAGGCGUCAAGGUGCAAAGAAGAUUGUCUAAAACCUUAUAGGUAUGUUUAAGAUGUUUACGUUACUCACCGUUAUACCGGCCACUAAUAUUAUUAUAUGGGACUCCAAACUAUGAAGGUCCGGAGGUAUGCUACCCGAAAUGUUUUUCUAAAUUUUGGUACACUGAAACGGCAUUCGCAGCGUUUUGGAGGCACUUAUAUAAAGUUACACUACAAUGUGCAUGAUCUUAAAUCCAUGUUUAACCAUGUGAGAAAUCCGCUAAAAACCAACAUGUGAGCCUAGCCUGUGAACAGACGUUACUCUCGACGAAGCCUAACAUGUCCUCACCCUUAUUUUAAUGCUAAUAAUCUAUUAAAUUAACCAUUUGCCUUAUUUUGAUGAUAAUCAUCUAUGUAAGGGAAACUCAGUUAAAACGCAAUUAUUUUUAAGUAUUUACAAUUUUACAUAACAUAUGCGAUGUCAGUAUUUGCACCCAGCGACUACAGAAAGAUCAUACGUUGUACUUCUUCUUAUUAAAUGUCUUCCUUCAAUCACAAUUUUUGAUGAAUUGCAUACCAUGCAUUAGGUUUUUAGAUAACCAAGAAACAAAAUUUAAUUAAACAUGUCAAAAAGUGGGGGGGGGGGGAUAAUAAGAUAUUCGUCCCCCGCCCACUCCAAAAACUGUGGUGACCCGUCCCCCCCCUCCCCCCUCAAUCCACACACCCCCCCAGGAUUGACGCCCAUGAGUCGUUCAGCUGCGAUACAAAAUAUUUACGUUACCAAGCAGGGGUGUUGUCAGGGCGUUAGUUAGAGCUUGGCCUUUAGCUGUCAAAUUAAACUUUUUUACAGCAUUGUGAUUAAAAAUAUCCAAGCUUGCUUGAUCAGAUUUAAAAUUGCCGGUCGAAAUCGUGUUUUCAACCCAAGUUGGAAUCACAUGCAAAGUCUGAGUAUUGAAAUUAUUCCAAAAUUAAAGGCAGUAUAAAGGCAAUAUUGGUGGUGGCUUUAAUCAACAGUUUGUUUGAAACUAUGUAUAUAGUGGUGUGGAGGUGAAUAAAGAUGGACUUUUUUCCUGUUAAUUAGUCGAAUUUUGGGAAAUUUUUGACUUAACUUCGCGAUUUAACAUCGAAAUUUCUAGGCUAAAACAUUUUUCAAACUGGACGUUUGCUCUUCCAGAUCUUCCAAUGCCUAAUGUUUCCACAUACAAUGGUGGAAGAAUGUGUUUCGACCAACAAUUUCCUAAUUGGUCAUUUUUAUUAGCAAUUACAGGAAAGGUAUCGUGUAUAACAUGCAGCUAAAUUAUCUUCAUUGAUACAAAAAAAAGUACAUCCCAAACUUGGAUUAUCUUUUUAUACACCUGCAUGUGUAAUGCAAAUGUUUGCUUCAGAUACGCUGUGAAGAUGUUGAUUGCGACAGGCCUGGCUUUCGCCGUUGCUGAAUGUGUGACCGUUCUUGUAUAUGCUGGUGCUUUAAGAUACGGCGGGUACUUGGGUCGUGUUGGCGAAAUGACAGUGGAAAGUGUUAUGACGUACGCUCAAUAUUUUUAUUACAUAGCAUUGGUAUACGCAAAUAUUGUAUUGUAAUGUUUAUCUUGUAUUUAUUUAAGAAUUCAUUAUUUCACAUUGGCAAUAGCAGCAAUGAUAAAUUUAUUAUAUCAACGCAAUGGCUUUGUCAAAUAUACAUUUGUGACUUCAGUGAUAAAAUAAAAAUUUAAAUCAAAAUAAAAUAAUAAAGGAACCGGAAAUACGAAAAAAUAAUUGCAAUUGUACGAUGGACACAUGACGAUUGCAUGUCGCUGAUGGCGUGCAGCAUCUCAUUUCGUCCAUUUUUGUGAAGCAGAAUUUGACAUAAUUUUAUGAAGAGCAACAGAACUCUUUGAAAUAAUUUUUACGAUUAUUUCCAAGAAAAGAACAUUCUAUGUAUUUUUGAAAAUAGAGAAAGCACUAUGCAGCUUUCACGCACCAGUGUAUAGACUGAAACAUCUUUUAAUUUUUAGAAUUAAUUAGGUCUUUGGACGACUUUGAUUUUAUCCACCUCAUUCAGGUUUAAAUUUAGCCAGAAAACAUAACUUCUCACCUGGAUAGCUCUUGUUCCUACACACGGAAAAGCACACAGCUUGUAACAAAUGUACUUCAGCUCCAACAUCUUGUUAUGAAGAUGUGUUCGCACUGUGUUGUCCCCAGCUUGUUGACAAGUUGUGAACGGCUUGUAACAAGGUUGUUAAGACCGACCGACUUCUUACAAGUUGUUUCAACAACGUAUUAUUGUCUUGCAAUUCAACAACUUGUCAAGAAGUUGUCAGUGACAAUCUUGUAGCAAUUUGAGAAACUAACAACAUCCUUACAACUUGUGGACAAGUUUGCGACAAACCUGUUGCGAACACAUAAUAUCUUGUUGACAAGAUGUGAAAUUUUUACGUGCGUAUCAGGCAAAAACCAUUUUCUGUUAAUCAUUUCAAAUAGUGUAUAUUGGUAUUUCACUACACUUGAUAGCAUAAAAUACCUCAUUGCUCAUAUAUAGAGUACUUAUGACCGUGUUGUUUGGAGGAGCAGGAUCAUCCAAUGCUCCUGCAGAAAAAUCUAAGACAAAGAACGAAUCUCCUGAAAAAGAACGGCUGGAUGACGUCAAGACCGACGACAAUAUGGAUGAAAAACGUGUUAAACUGGUACGUCACAUCUUGAACGUAAAACAUUAUUGGAUGAGGUUGAGCAGUAUAUCCAGAAAUAAUCAUACCGAGGUCAAUGUUAUCCUCCGCUGUCGAAGGCUGAGACGAAUAACAUUGGCCGAGAUCACAAUUAUUUCUGGAUACCAUGUGUAAGACGAAUCCAAUAAAACCAAGUUUUUCAUACUUUUAAGUAAAUACAAUCUGUAUUAAUAUGGUUAGUGCGUUUUCAAGGAUGACGUGAAGGGAGAAGUGGAAUUUCACAAUGUGGAAAUACAUCAUCCUGAAAAGAAAAAUGUUCUUUUGAGUGGAUUGAAUAUUUCCGUGAAAUCAUCGGAAACAUUGGCUAUUGUUGGUACUACAGAUUUCAACAGUAAUGCUGUCAUUGCCCUGGUUGAAAGAUUUUAUGAUCCCAGUACAGGUCUUGUUGUAAGUAUAACCAAAUUGAUAGAGUAAUGAACAUUUAUUCAUUAGACUUUGCCACAUAUAAAAUAUGAUACACUACAACAAUACACGUUCGUUGCAAUUGAUCGAUUAGAAGAAAUUUCAAAUAUAUUUAGGUUAAUGUUAUAAUAUAUAACGGUAAGGGGCUAGCUGACUGGAAGUACAGGUUUGUCAGUAAUUAUUGCAUUCCUACUCUAAAUAUUCGCGGCAUUUUCAGAGGGCACUAAGCACACAUAAAAAUGUUUAAUUAAACAGACGCAUAAGUCAACUUCAUGGUAAGAUCAGUCAAAGAGAUUUGGCGGCAUACGUUCAACUGCCGUAGAGAGUUUGAAAUGGUUUGAAAUUUUUGGACAACGGGAAAUCAACUUAAUUUGUUGUAUGAUAAACGAACAAUGCAAUUGCUUACAGUAAGCCUCCAAGUUCAUUUACCACAAUUAUUCGUUAUGACCAGGGACGUUCUAUAGAAGCAUGGCCGAUGACGCAGUCCCGUGAGUACUAAGGAGCUGCGUUCCGACUUUAGUUCAGACAUGAUUUGAGAAAAUAAAUGUUUAAACGUUGGGUAGUGAAGGACUAAUUCCUCGUAACACAUUCUGUUGAAAUGCCAACUGCAUGUGUAUACUCUCCAGUCUCCACUCUCAUUUGUUUUUAUCCUCAUCUCAGCGAAGCUUAUUUCAAUAAUGGUUUUGCUCCAGACUUUAGAUGACGUGGAUAUACGUGACAUGGAUUUGAAGUGGUUAAGAUCCCAGAUAGCUUUGAUAUCAGAAACCAGCGUAAUCAGUCAUCAUUCCGUCGCAGAUAAUUUAAAGAUUGCUGACAGUGGAAGAUGUUUAUCUGAUCAGUACUUGGAACAUGUUGCCAGAACAACUCAUCUACAUGAAGUAAUAGAGAAUCUCCCCGAGGUAUAUAUGCACGAUUAUUUUAACUUCAAUAGGUGAUUCCAGCUCUAUAGACUAAAUUUGAUCAAUUAAGGCAGGAAGAACGAAAUCCAACACCACAGCUAUAUAGAAAGAGCACCUUAAAAUGAGUAGCUAAAAUUUCAAAAGUUUGGUUGCGGAUCGUUGUAAAAUGAGGAAAAUAUAGCCCUGAGGUUCGCAAAUAUUGUAUCGCAACCAAACUUUGCAAUUUUGCUCAUUUUAAGAUGCUCUUUUCAGCUAUGGUAAUGGAUUUCGUUCUUGUUGUUCAAAAUUUCAUCUAUAGCUGGAAUAAUCCAUUGUUUGAUGCAGUAUUUUAUAAAAUGUUAAUGAUAUUUCAACUCGACGUAACUCUCGCAACUUUUUUAUACAAGCACCACAUUAACGCAUUAUGUUAAUGUAUACGAACACGUCAGGCUCUGUUGAAAACGGCGUCAUUGUGGAAAUUGGAAAACGUGACAUUAUGUAGGCGUUACAGUAAAUCCCUUUUGCAUAUUUUUUACAAUUAAACUCAAACUCGAAGUAUAAUGACAAAUAAAGAUUCAAGCUCCAAACGGUAACGUUAUGUUAAAGACUGUAUUCAACCAGCGUGGUCUUGUUCAAAAUAUAGGUAAAAUUAGGUAUCGCCGGAUUACAUCAAAUUUUGAGUCGCUUUAUGAUACUUAGCUAUCUGGAAAACGAAUACCAAAAACGAUAAAAUUACUUAGCAAUAGCUCUUUCUUUUCAAAAAUAUUAAAAUCCAUUUUACAAUUCUAGCUGGCAUGGCAUGCUGGGUAGCGCAGAUUGUAGUCUCCAGCGCAAAACUGGUGAACUUUAUAUAAAGUAUGACAAGAAAUAUCUCAUCAACGACACAUCAAUAUAAAAUUAAUGUAAUAUCCACUACCAUAGAAUUAUGGAUUUGGAAUUGAAUGCGUACUUUUCAUAAACUAUCGUCUUGUUUCUCAUAUUACAAUUUGUGUGAUUUCCCGACUUUUAGUCUUACAAUUCUUUGAUCGAGGAUGACGUCGUUUUGGACGAGAGUACAAGACAAAAGAUAGCUAUAACGCGGGCGUUAAUCAGAGAUCCUCGUAUUGUUAUCAUUGACGAGUUUUCACAACCUGAUAAAGUAAGUGGGAAUAUCAUUGAUUGUAAAUUUCAUUCAUAGCCGUUCACUCGGUAUGUCUUUGGUGCGCGAAAUAUGCCAAUCAUAUCAUGUGAGCAUGCAGAUGUAUUACGGAAUAUAGCAUUUUAUAAAUGAUAAAAAUACAAUGUCCUCUACGAAAUCUCGUGACAGGGCUUCGCACUACUCCUGUGACAUCCGGUCAUUGAACGUGCAUAUUCUUUUUUGCUUGAAGUCACGAGCUGACGAGAAAAAUCCAAAUGCCUUUCUAUGUUGACACUUGAAAGUAUAUUACACUUUGUCAUUUCCACCAUUAGGAAGUCGAAGAAAACCUACAAAGGCUUUGUUCAGGAAGGACUUGCAUAAUUUUCGCUCGGCAUUUGUCGACGGUCGAGGAAGCUGACAAGGUAGUGAUUGUAUGUCAUGGUGAAGUUCUUGAGCAGGGUACUCAAGAAGAAUUACUGAGGAGGAGAGGACUGUUUUAUCAUUUGAUUAAUAUUAAUCUACAGUCAGAUAUUGCUCCAGCUUUAUGAUAUAUAUCCACAACGCGUCAUGAACAGCACUGGACACUAGGACAUUGGCUGAGGUAACGACCUCGCUAGGCCGCUUGCUCACAUUCUUAGCCACAUUUGUUUAAGAAUGUUACCUCUCGGCCGUGAGAUUCCAAAGCAACUUCAAGUUGGAGGGGUACUUCGUCUUAGGGAGUAGGGACAUUAUAAAAUUUUACUUUAAUAUUAGUUUUUAAUGAUUGAAGUGGCUAAUUAUUUAAUACACAGCUAGUUAACCUAGUUUGUGCUAUACUAAUACAAAUACAAACUUUGGUUUGUUAGACAACGAAAUAAAAAAGUUGUUUCUUAAUGAAAUAUGUAGCUAGAAAAAAUUGUAACUGUUUCCGCG